GUUCUGGUAUGUGACCGGUAUAAACAUGAUAAGAAAUAUUUUGAGAGUAAUCACGUGAAAAAGAUAUCUGUAUAAAACCUCAUUCUGUAGGACUUUUGCAAGCCAUUCAAGCACAGGCAUUGAGCUGCAGUGAUGUCGGUCAAUCAACAGCAGAAGCGCGCAAUGAAGCGCCUUAUGCAAGAUUAUGAUGAAAUUCAGAGGGAGCCAGUAGAAAAUGUAUCAGCAGCUCCACUGGAUGAAAAUGUAUUUGAAUGGCACUGUAACUUCAAACAUGACGACAUAAUCUAUCACUUACUGCUACUGUUUACAGACAAAUAUCCAUACGAAAGUCCGAGUGCGGAAUUUGUACCGGUCGGGUUCCAGUACAAUAGUGGAGCAACAAAACAAGGAAAGAAAGGAACCAAAGUUUGUUUGAAUAUAUUUUCUGACUUUGCUGAUAUUCAUACGGAAUGGAAAGAUGAGAAAUCUGUUGGUUGGUCGCCUGGUUACACAGUACAGACGAUUCUUCUAAACGUAGUUGCUUUUCUUGCCGAGACGCAAUCCGGGAGUAGUUGGUGGUGCACGAAUUCAAAUGCCCAUAACUUAGAGUUAUCGAAGUCAUUCUCGUGUAAGGACUGUGGUCAUAAUUAUAAAAAACCGUUUCCACCCAUCAAUGCAGGAAAGCCUGAAUUGCCAUUGAAAAAGCAAGAUUCGAAAAAGGGGAAGAAGGUUACGCCAAAAGCAGAUUCACCAACAGAAGUUAUCAUUGACUACAUGUCUAAGGAACAAUUUUCUGUAGCUCCCCCAAAAAGUGACGAUGAUCUAUUUGGUUAUGGAUUGAUUGUAUCUGGACCGGCACAUAGACCAUCUCUUACUACACCUUGUGAGUUUCUGAAACAAGAGUCAUUCACAAGCAUGAACAAAGCCAUGGGCUGCGUCAAAAGUGUAAUGAAAGAAGAUGUCAAAUUCUUUCUUCCGAUGUAUAUCCAUCCUCAACAUGGUGAUAAAAUAAAACAGACAUUUGAAAAUUCAUUAGUCCAAGUUGCUGGAAUACUAAAGAGCUGUAAUCCAAAGAAAACUCCGAUAGAAGAAAUUGUUAUUCGUGUCAUACCAAACUUAAUGAGCGCCACUGUAGUAGAGUUUUCUAAAGGAACUCAACAUACAAGCGACAACAGCCUGAAUGGAUAUUUCUCCUUGCACAGGUUACUGCUAUGGGCAUUGGAAACCUAUCCAAAUCUUCAAAAACUUAUUGACGAUCGUUUGAAGGAAUUCAUAGACAACGAAGACAGAAGAACGAAGAAAUCCUGUCCACACAUAGGAGAGUGGCUGAUGUUACUAGCUGCAUCUUCCAAAUUUAGAUGGCAAGAUGCAGCAAUGGCGUACAUGUCUGAGAGCUGGAGACGACAUGUAAUGUGGUAUGUUAAAGAAGACGCUAAGCUUGGUUUCCUGGACACAGACAAAGACUACAGAAUCAAACAAACGUUUGAACGCACAGCUGUUAGCAGAAAACUUUUAGCCUUUCAGGUUUUGUUUUUGGAUAUCGCUAUGCCGAAGGACAAAUCAAGAACGGACUUGAUCAAAAGAUACGACGCAAACCUCGGGUUUCCUACAGCAGAAAUGGUGAAAGGGAUGAAAGAUUCCAUUGAGAAGUUGAAAGAUGUCAAGACGUACAAGGACUGGUUCGAUGUCCUGAAAGUUAAACCUCUUAGUGAACAAGAAGUUUAUGAUAAACUAUUAGAUUCUGUAAAUUAUUCACUAAAGACAGAUGGUUACAGAUGGACAUUUUGGAAGAACGCUGGUGGAUGGAUGGAAGUUUUGAAAAGAUAUCCGAUAGAAAAGAAACCUAAAGCUGAGAAGGAUAAAGCAAGUACUUCUAAAGGCAAACCAAUGAAGGAAGAUGAAACGUCAAAGAAAGGUAAAGGAAAGAAAUCAAAGAAAGAAGAUAUUGAAGAACCAAAGGCUAAGGGCCGGGGAAAGAAAGCUAAAGACGUGGAAAUUGAACCACCAAAACCAAAAGGCCGGGGCAAGAAAGCUAAAGUCGAAGAUGUUGAAAUUAAAGAACCAAAGGCAAAGGGACGAAAAAGAAAGGCUGAAACAGAAGAUAUGGAAAUUGAAGCGCCAAAACCAACAGGUCGGGGAAAGAAAGCUAAAGUCGAAGAUGUUGAAAUUGAAAAACCAAAGGCAAAGGGACGUGGAAGAAAAGUUAAAGCCGAAGACAUGGAAAUCGAAGAACCAAAACCAGUAGGCCGGGGAAAGAAAGCUAAAGUUAAACUUAUGGAAGUAAAAGAACCAACAACUCCUGUUAGAGGCAGAGGAAAGCGUAAAGCUGAAGAUUCACCAGCGAUUGGACGUAAAGCUAAGAAAACUCGUUGAAAGAGUUGAAAGAAUAAGUUGAACUUGGUGUUGUGAUGGUUCUAAUAUAUUUGUUGUGAAGUAUUAACUGGUUGUGUAGCCUUACCAAUUAACUUGAUGGAUAAUUAUUACUUCUUGUAUAUGCCAUUCAUUGGAGGCAAGUCAUCUGUGUAUCUCCAUUAUGUUGUAACUUACUUUACUGAUGUAGUAUAAAUCACCAUCAACAACUCUUAUAUGUAGUAUUGUUAUGGAAAUAACAAUCUUGGAUACUAAUUAGAUUUUCAGUUGUGUAAAGUAACAUAGCGAUAUAGUUCACCUGGUGUUAUCUACUGUAAUGCUACCAGGAAAUUAAUUUUGAUUGAAAAAUAAACUUGUAUUUUAUUUAUGGAGGUUUAAAUCGUGACAAAUUAAUCUUAGGGAGCAUGUUUGCAUACCUACUGCAUCCAAAACAAUCUAACA